GAUGAUAUAAAAGGAUAAAGGCGGGGUUGUGGUUUGUGUCACAUGAUCUGCUCGCUGGCUGUAGCCUAGUGAGCUCCAGGUGGCGGGGAGACCACAGACAUAGUAUAUACAGAGAGAAAGAAGGAGCAAGGCGCACUAAAAAGACAACUGAAAUUCCUCAUUUCCUCUCUCUCUCUCCCCUCAUACAUUUCUCUCCUCUUUUUUUUUUCCCCCCUCUCUGCCAUUCAGGACUUCCCAGUCUCACUUGCCCCCGCUUCUCUUUUCCCCACUCCCGGCCGCAGCAGGCCAGGGAAUGUCCCGGCGGCGAGAUGCCUUACGUGGACCGACAGAACCGCAUUUGUGGCUUUCUGGACAUCGAGGAGAAUGAAAGCAGUGGCAAGUUCCUGCGGCGUUACUUCAUACUGGACACACAGCAGGGGAGCUUGGUGUGGUUCAUGGACAACCCACAGAACCUGCCUAUUGGUGCAGACUGUGUCGGCUCCCUCAAGCUUACCUACAUUUCUAAGGUCAGCGAUGCCACUAAGCUGAGGCCUAAAGCAGAGUUCUGCUUUGUCAUCAAUGCUGGGAUGAGGAAGUUCUUCCUGCAAGCCAAUGAUCAGCAGGACCUUGUGGACUGGGUCAACGCGCUCAAUAAAGCCACCAAGAUUACUGUGCCAAAGUCAGUUGAUGGCCAACAGAAUUCAGAAAACCAGAAGACUUUGCCAGAUGUUGUAGGGCCAAAGAAACAAGUGUCCUAUAAGACAGAAAUAAUCGGAGGAGUGCCCAUCGUUACCCAGACACAGCAUGAAGGUGGAGACGGUGCAGACAAAUCAGAGCGUGAGGCCAUGCAUCGUUCCCACAGCCAGCUGCCGUACUUCCUGGGGAGGCCGACGCAGGAACACACCGUAAUCAAGUCAGGCUACUGCGUCAAGCAGGGAGCAGUCAUGAGGAACUGGAAACGGCGAUAUUUUCUCCUGGAAGAAAAUGCAAUGAGCUACUUCAAGUCAGAUUUGGAGAAAGAGCCGCUGAGAAUGAUCCCACUGAAGGAGGUUCACAAAGUCCAGGAGUGCAAACAGAGUGACAUCAUGAUGAGAGAUAAUCUCUUUGAAGUCGUCACCACUUCAAGGACGUUUUACAUACAGGCCGACAGUCCAGAGGAGAUGCACAGCUGGAUCAAGGCUGUCUCAGGGGCCAUUGUGGCCCAGCGAGGGCCCGGCAGGUCCGCUGCAACAGAACACGGCAGCCGCUCCACUUUCUACCGCAGCCCCGCGGGUCCCCCCAUCCCUCGCUCGCCCAUAUCUGCCGUGCCACCGUGCUACCCAGAGUGGGGCGCUGCUGUCGCGUGCGGCACACGCUCACAGCCUGGCGUGGGACAGCGAGCACUUCAUGAGCCUGCUGCCACGCCCCAGUCACAGCCACACGCCGACACGCCUGUCUCUGCAGGAGACGCCCCUGGCCAAGUGAGCCGCCCGCCACCGCAAACCAACAUCACUAACACCGAGGAGUCACCGUGGCGACGACGGAGCAGCUUUGAGCCCCAAAUGCCUGAAACCCCACUGGACCUAGAUGAUGCCGACCUCCCGGUGAGCGAGGUCUGACCCACUCAACUGGACCGCAGCCGGCUUGGAUGAAAGACUCUGAUCACACCGGUGCGGACUAAUCGAAGCUGCGUCCCAAACGGAUCUCUGCCGCUUCUCUACGGAGCGCAUGAGAAAUGAGUGGGGUCGCCUCUGAACUGUAUUUGAGUGCCAAAGACAUCCCAGUCCUCACCCUCUGCCUGCAAGCUGUCCCCGUUAAAACGUUGGUGUUUUGGUGUUUUCAAAACAAAACUAAAAUAUUUUACUUGUUCUGAUUAGAAUUAAAUGGCAGAGCUUUAUUUUAACCUUCGUAGGCACAAUGAAUUUUGUAUGCCACUUUGUGCCAAGAAAGUAAGGGAACUUUUAAGGAUGCAAGCUAUUUCUUAAUGACUGAAUAGCGUUUAAACUGAUGACUGGCUUUUAUCAGCUAACAAAUCAUUCAAUACUACACUGUGUGGUUCAUUAAUACACUCAUUAUUGUUACACUGGAUGAAACAGUAAGAGGAAAAUGUACAGACUAAAUGCUCCGCAUCAGCAUUUAUUCCAUUUUUGUCGAAGACUUUCCUCUAACUUCCUCGUUUUAACAUUUCCUGGUGAAUCUAGAUCCGUUGUUCUGGUCCUUGAGUUCACAGUAAACUGUUCAUGACCACUCAUCUGUAAAUCUGCCACCAAUAGUUUUUACAGUUAGUCCACCUCUGGUUGUCGUGCAUCAUCAGCACCUGGAUCACCUGAAUCAGUCUCUGCAAAAUACAUUUCACCGUGUCACACUUGGCAGUCUCAUGAUGGAGAUGCAACAUGGUUUUAAGUGAACAAAAACAAUACAAGCUGUGUGUUGGUUUGUUGGUUUGUUUUUCUGCAUUUGUGGAUUGAUGAUAAAAGCAGGAAUCGGGCAGAGCCUGACUGAAGAUGAUGAUGUAUGAACACCAGGAUCGGUCACUUCUGCAUGCCAACAUGUUAUUGAUUCUUCAGGUGUUCUUUCUCUUAGUUUUUGUUUAUGCUCUGGUUGUUGUGAGUUGACAAACUAGAAACAGAUUUAUUUUUUAUAUGCUUUUAGAAAUGUCCUGGUCCUGUUCUUUUGUAUCUGCUUUACCAGUUCGUUUUCUAGACAGCUUCCUCGUGGUGUUAUUUAAAAAUGUCCACUUUAAUCUCGCUAAAUAAUAUACACUAAUAUUUUUUUAAGUGCCUGUCGUACUUCAGUCUGCUAAAGCCAUGCCAUUUCACUCCCUUUUCAGUCUGGUGUAACUGGUUUGAUUUGUCUAUUUAUUAUGUGGAUGACUUGAAAGAAAUAAACACUGAAAGUGUG